AUGGACCCGCACGAAUUAAAGCCUCCUGGACCGGGCUCAAUAACAAAUAGCACAACUCAUGCUGGGACAAGUGUUCCGCAUGGACAGCAUCAACAAUUAGUUGGAAGUGGGGAGCAAUUGAAUCUACCACCGCCUUCUCCACAAACCAGCGGAUCUAGUGGCAUUAAUGGUGCUGUUGCUCCUUUAGCAAGUUCAAUAUCAUCUGCAAGCACAUCCGUUAGCGGUUGUAGUGGCAACGUACGUGCAUUAUAUGGCACCGUUGCUGGUCCAAGUAAUACCAAUAACGAUGGAGACUCGGACACGGAAUCUUUAGCAACCAUGUCAGCGAAAGUUAAGGCUGCAGCUGCAGCAGAACAAAAUCACACUCUGCCUGCCACCAAUGGUCACAAUAGUGGAGCGAGUACUGCCGUUAACAAUCUGGGCUUGAAUGCCAAACAGCAGAGGCAACAAAAAAGGCGCCGCGAAAGAGCACAAAGAUUACAAGCGGAACGUGAAAACCGUUUUGCUAACACUGCAAAUAACGUCCCUAAUAGCGGCCUAUUGUACCACGCCAGUAGCGCAGGAAGCAUGGGCGAGGACAGUAACAACUCCAAUGGGAACUUUACAAGUAGCAGUAAUGGUAGUAAUAAUGUUAUGCCUCCUACUGAUAGCAUUGCCUCGUUGCUUCUUAAUCCUCCACAUUCACCCGAGUGUAAUUCUGGACUAAUGGCUACUCCGAGCGAUAGUGAAGGAGAGUCACUUGAUGAAGAUCUACUAUCGACUUCUUCCUCUUCGACACUCCUUUUGCCCCGCGACAAACCCCCACCGCGGCCGCCACCUCCUGUUCGUCGAAAACUGCCGCGCUCACCUGUAUUAGAAGAGGAGAUCAUUGACGGUUUUGCAAUAUUGGAGUUCAAGUCUUAUGAGGACCUAGAGUUCGCGAUAAAAUUAGGACAGAAGCGAAAAGAAAAGCGUCUGUCAGCAUUGGAGGAAUUAACUUGCACAUACAGCAUUGAGGAGACCAAAAUGCCAAAGAUUAUAGAUACAGGUCAGCCUCAUCCCAUACGAGGUAGCAGUGGACUAAACCUGCCUAUAAAUAAUAUAAAGGAUGGAGGUCAUAAUAUUCGAAUGAUGAGCAACAAUAUCAUCAGCUCUAAUUGUCAUCCAGCACAGACUGUAACAUCUUCCAUAACUGCGACCGUUCCAGAAUCUCCUCUAGAUGUUAUUGCGCCUGCAUGGAAGAGCCAAUAUCAAAAUUCCAAUAACAAUAAUAAUGUUGGAAGUAAUUUAACAAAUUUAAAUAAAAAUAAAAAUAAUUGUACCAUCGUUGGAGGUAGCAACAACAACAACACAUCAACCAAUGUUGCGCCAUCAUCGUCGACGAUAUUAAAUCAUAAUGGAAAUAAUUGCAGCAAUAGCAAUAACAACAGUGAUGGAGCUGGAAGUAGCAGCAGCAGUAGCAGUAGUGGAAUUGCCGACACAACAUCCAGCAACAUAAACAAUACCGAUGAAGAUGCCAUUAUGACUUCAGCUGAUGCAGUGGAUGAUAGUCGGAGCGUUUUGACUGCAAUCGACAGUGGUGCGUCAUCAGGAAGUUCCACAAUGGCCGUAAACACAAAAGUCGAAGUAGCUUCUAAAUCGAAAGAAAAUAGCAGCAUUAACACAAGAACCAGUUCUGCUCCCAUGGACACUUCCAAUAUAAUAAGUUCCGUAUCGUCGCCAAACUGUACGAUAACAGCGCCGCCGCCUGCUUCUCCAUUAACAGCAAAUACACAUAGUUUGAUGCCAGAUAAGUGUAGCAGCGCCACUGCGUUGGGCAAUAGUACACUACAAGGGAAUCAAACUCAGCCCGUAACAGACCCUACACAAAUUGGGGACGGUUAUCGUAACGCAUUGCUUUUAGAAGGAAAAUGUGUUCCAAUAAAUUCGAUGGCAAAUAAGCCGCCACAGCCACUAGAAACAGCAUUUGGGACGAAUAGCGGCACAAACAGUUUAAAAACGUCAAAUCCUUUUGUAAAUGUGAUGCCGAACUCGUCAACGGUUCAAAUGCUUAACAGCAACAACAGCAAUUGUGAAAUGACAACAGACAUGCGAAUAUUGGGAUCGACUUUGGCGCCAGUGAUUGCAACAGCAUCUCAUCAAUCAGCGCUAAAAAUCACUCAAACACCACCAAAUAAGGAUGAUGUAUUUGAUCGUAUACGCGACACAGAGACCGUUAUAGAAACCGAGUCUCCAUAUGACGAUGAUGAGGAGUUCGAAGAUCUGCGUGAAGGCACUGCAGCUGCCACCGAAGCCGUUGAUAUGAACGAGGAGCUGUGUUCGGCGAGCUCGAUUAUAAAACACCGUUUAAAGGAUGGCAAGCUUGCCCAGAAAAUAAUUGAUGCACAAUUUUUGUCGUGCCGAAAACGCACGCGCUUCACCCAGUAUAUUCCAUAG